AUGUCUUUCAAACCUCCAGCUUUCGUCCCCCCCCUGCCCUACGACCCACCAGACACGGUCGCCGUCCAUGAAUUUCUCUUCGGGGACGAGGAUGACUACGGACGCCGCCCAAAAGCCGAAUCGAAGCCCCCGUUCACCUGCGGUGUGACGGGCAAAGCGUACUCUGCGUUCGAGGUCAAGGAGCGAAUCGAGCUGCUUGCGCGAGCUCUUGCCUCGGAUCUGGGCUGGCGGGUGAAUGAGGGAAGCGAAAUGGAAAAAGUGAUUGGAAUCUACAGUCUCAAUACCAUCGAUACUUUGACCGUCUCGUGGGCAACUCAUCGCCUCUCUGGCGUGUCCUGCCCCAUCAGUUCGGCCUAUUCAGAACUCGAGCUCACAAACCUCUUGACAUCUGUGAACUGUAAAGCUCUGUUUACCUGCAAGCCUCUCCUUGACCAGGCUCUCAGUGCCGCGGCGGCAGUGGGUAUUCCCAGUCGUCAUGUGUAUCUGCUCGACUUGCCUUCUCAGUCCGCAAAUGACUCUCAAUUGCCUUUCAGCGCAAAAUCAGUCGAUCGGCUGAUUAAAGAGGCACGGAGCAUGACGUCGCUUCCAAGAUUGCAAUGGAGCAAGGGUCAAGGCGCUCGCCAGACAGCCUUCAUGUGUACAUCCAGCGGCACAUCUGGGUUACCGAAAUGCGUUAAAAUGUCUCACAAGAAUGUGAUUGCAAACAUUCUCCAAGUCUCGACUUUUGACAGUAUCAGCAAUCAUACCGAGGCGGAAAUGGGCCUCGGGGUUCUCCCCCUGAGCCAUGGCUAUGCUUUGAACAUGAUAUCCCUCAACAGUGUCUACCGAGGCGACAGCAUUGUCAUUCUACAGGCCUUUGACCUCUUCCAAACUCUGGAAGUGGUAGAAAAGUAUUCCUUGCGGCGUUUAUGGCUGAUUCCCUCGAUGAUCACAGCAAUCACCAAAGCCAUUUCCUUGGUCAAAAGAUACGACCUCAGCAGUGUGAGGACAGUCGUGACUGCGGCUUCUCCAUUGGACCAGGAAACCUCAGUACUCUUUAGUGGGCUGUUUCCCAACUGCAAGCUGAUUCAAGCUUAUGGCCUCACCGAGGCGUCAGUCAUUCUCACCAUGGUGGACCAGAACGACAUCAUGCAUGGUUCCAGCGGAAGCCUGCUUCCUGCUGUCCAGGCGCGGCUUAUUGACAGCAACGGCCAAGAUAUCAAUGAACACGAUCGCGCAGGCGAGCUAUGGGUUCGAUCGUCUGGGGUAAUGCUCGGUUACCACAACAAUGAGGCAGCGACUCGAGAGAUGAUCACUGAAGACGGUUGGUUGCGCACCGGUGACUUGGUGGAGUUCAGGCAAAGUCCCAAGGGAAACGACCAAAUCUUCAUUGUCGACCGCAUCAAAGAGCUUAUUAAAGUCAGGGGCAUGCAAGUUGCACCAGCCGAGCUGGAGAGCUUUCUUCUGCUGCACCCUGCCAUCAUCGAUGUCGCGGUUGUCCCAGUGCCCAGUGAGUCCGCCGGUGAGUUGCCGAUGGCUUACGUGGUGAAGUCACCGCUGGCGAAGGAUCGUGACGAGUUGGCACUCCAGGAGGAGUUAUACAAUCACGUGAAAAAGUCACUGUCCCAGUACAAACACCUCGAUGGUGGUAUCGAGUUCAUAGACUCGAUUCCAAAGACGAUCAGCGGCAAAACGAGGAGAGCUAUUCUUAAGGAGAGGGCCAAGGCGCUUGUUAGGGAUAGAAAGAUACUGGCCCAGAUUGCGACCGAAUGGCAGGAAAAGGCAGAAUACGAUGAAUCCGCGAUAAUUCAAGUCAUUGAGUUUGACUCGGAGGAGGAUGAGGAUUACUGA